AUGAACAUGAAUUUCAUUAGAUUCAUUUCGAUUAUAGCGUUUUUAAAAAUAUCCUUUUCGCAUCCCACCAGAUCACUUGAAACAUUUAAUGUGGGGGAACAAGAUUUGUUUAACCCAAUAGUUGAAAGGGCCUCGGCAAGUAAUAAUGACGGUACUAUUUCUUUAUCUUUAAAUAAAGUACAAACAGGUGUCUAUGUGACUACUAUAACAGUUGGUACACCUCCGCAAUCGGUAUUAGUUGCAUUUGAUACAGGUACAUCAGAUACAUGGGUAAGGUUAUUCAAUUCGAGCGAUUGUAGGAAUUCAGAAGAACCAUGCUAUAUAACCGAGAAGAUAUUCUUUGAUGCCCCUAAAUCCACCUCUUUUGAAUCUCUAGAUAGUGGAUUUAGUAUGAUAUACGGUGCUGGUGAGAUCAAUGGAACUUGGACUAAAGACACUUUCCAAAUUGGCGGUGUCGGCAUUGAUGCGCUACAAUUUGGCGCUGGUGACGAAUCCAGAGAGUUGCCUAUGAUAUAUGGACUUGUUGGACUAGGGCUAAAGAAAUUUGAAAGUACUUAUACUUUUGAAUAUGGCAUCAAGUUUAAAGUCAAGAAUACUUACUAUAAUACUGAGAAAAGACAUGUUUAUGAUAAUUUACCUGCAAGACUCAAGAAAGAUGGAACAAUCAAGAAAAAUUGCUACUCGGUCUUCUACCCCGAUAGUGGGAAAACUAACUGUAGAAUCGUAUUUGGUGGUGCAGACACCGCAAAAUACAAUUCGCUCAUCACAGUGCCCAUUAUUCAGAAGGCUGUUGGUGAUUGGUCCGACUAUAAUGAAGCUUCUAUGCUAGCAGUUGAUUUGAGUCAAAUAUAUGUGACACAUGGUAAUGACAAGGCACCUAUCCUUAGUAAAAAUUAUCCAACAUUAAUCGACACUCUUACAUAUUUGACCGUGGCUCCUACCUCAGUGGUCGAAAAUUUGGCCACUUUACUAGGCGGGAAGUAUUUUGCAGAUAUAUACGGAAUAGUUUACACUUGCAACAAUGAUAUUAAACUAGGGUUUGAAUUUAGUGGAAAUACUUUGUUUGCUCCGGCCGUCAAACUCUCUGAUAAAUCAGGAAUUUCUUGUAUCUUCCCAAUCACUACAAACGAAGAUGAUUAUAUGAUCCUAGGUGGAAAGUUUCUAACUCAGUUUUAUACUUUUUUUGAUCUUGAUGAUCUCCAAAUUUCUAUUGGAAAUUACAAAGAAUCUAAGGAAAAGAAGGUUCAAGCCAUUGAUAUAAACGAGAAAGCACCAAAGUCUAAGAAAGUAAAAAAUUAUUCUAGUACAUUUGACUAUUCUAGAUCUGAUAAACUUUCAAUUCAUUAUACAAGUGCCAUUUAUAGAAAAGGAGGUCAUGGAAGUUCAUCCUUCUUUAACGAUAUCUGGAACUCAACUAUGUAUUCCUUGGGUCAAGCAUGGGCAUAUUUGAGAAGUUGGUUCAACAACAAAUUUUCAUAA